GGGAGAGUAAUAAGUGGUGCAUAGCUGUAGAAGGCCAGGCUCUACUAUCGCCUAUUUGCCCCUCCUCACCUACACUCUCAUUGGUCCAAACAUGCCCGUAAGCCACUUACUGUACUGGCAGACGAGCCUAGCAGAGUAAGCACAUCCGAAGAGAAUGCGCACAUCACGCCAUCAUCAUCUCCCACAUGCGGUAAAAGCCGGUAGUAAUCGGAAACGUAUCCCCAGUUCUGGCCGUUGAUCUUAAUAGGUGUUAAUUACAUAGUUUUAUCUGUGUUAUAAUCAAGGGCUUUCAAUAUUAAACCGUCCGCCUUAUUUAUUUGUUUUACAAGCGUAUCGCUCCAGGAAACGUCCAUUCAAAGCGCUACACAUGUCGCCGAAGGCAUCCGUUCUUUUGAUAUAAAUUAGAAUAGUUUAUGUCUCAGUGGAACAGUUGAUUUUGUCAUAAUGGUGGCUGGCGAGUUGCUUCAAGAGCAGCAUGUUCUGUGCGACAGUACACUUGAUAGCAGUGUCACAGCCUGCGAGACGCAAAACAGAGGAAAUACAGACGAGGACAGCGGCUGUAAGGAUCUUUCCGAUGGAUCGGCUCUUGUAACUGUGGAUGCAAAUGUACUGGAACAGGAGCUUCCGCCACCGGACGAAAAAGAAGCGAUGCUUCCCGGUGAGCAGAAUGACGAACCACUGGAAACGAGACUGUACUGGAGGAGGUUCGGGGUGCUGGCGGUGUUCAGCCUCUACUCACUCGUCAACGCCUUUCAAUGGAUCCAGUACAGCAUCAUCACCAACAUCUUCAUGGACUAUUACAAUGUAACAAACAUCAUGAUUGACUGGCUCUCAGUGGUCUAUAUGGUCGCGUACGUGCCUUUGAUCUUCCCCGCUACGUGGCUGUUGGAUAAGAAGGGACUGAGGAUGACAGCGUUACUAGGGGCCGGCUUGAACGGCGUGGGUGCGUGGGUGAAAUGUGCUAGCGUGAGGGCCGACCUGUUCUGGGUCACAAUGACCGCACAGAUCAUAUGUUCUGUGGCACAGGUGUUCAUCCUAGGUCUCCCCUCCAGAAUCGCGUCAGUUUGGUUCGGGCCGAAAGAAGUUUCCACGGCGUGUGCCACAGCUGUGUUGGGCAACCAGCUUGGUGUAGCAAUAGGUUUUCUGCUCCCACCUGUACUGGUACCAAACACAGCAGAUGACAAAGAGCUCAUGGGCCACAACAUCAGCAUAAUGUUCUAUGGGACAGCUGGAGUUUCAACACUUUUGUUUCUUUUAACAGUAUUUGUCAUUAAGGACAGUCCUCCACUGCCACCCAGCAAGGCGCAAGCUGUUCUCUCCAUAAAACCAGCUGAAGAUUAUUCAUACAAGAAAUCGAUGAUCAACCUCUUCAAGAACAAGCCCUUCAUUCUGCUCCUCAUCAGUUAUGGCAUCAUGACAGGAUCGUUCUACUCUGUAUCUACACUCCUCAAUCAAAUGAUAAUAUAUCACUAUCCGGGUGAAGAAAUAAAUGCAGGCAGAAUCGGCUUGACUUUGGUGUUGGCUGGAAUGGUGGGCUCCAUACUGUGUGGAUUCUGGUUGGAUCGUACUAAACUUUAUAAAUUGACAACAUUAAUUGUCUACAUACUUUCGUUCAUUGGAAUGGUGGUGUUCACAUUCACACUGGACUUGAAACAUCUGCCUGUGGUCUUCUUUACUUCUGGGGUCCUGGGGUUUUUUAUGACUGGUUACCUUCCCAUUGGCUUUGAAUUUGGUGUCGAAAUUACAUACCCCGAGUCAGAGGGAACAUCAUCUGGUCUUCUAAAUGCAUUUGCACAGGUCUUUGGCAUAAUUUUUACUCUCAUCCAAGGACGGCUCACCACAGACUACAGCCCACUCAUUGGAAACAUUUUCUUGUGUGCAUGGAUCCUCCUUGGCAUUGUUCUGACAGCUUUGAUUAAAUCAGACCUCAAAAGAAAUGACAUCAAUGUGGGAAACAUUAACAAAGGGCAAGCGGUUCCCACUGAGCAGUCCUCUGAAAAAUUAUCCAAUGGCAACAAACCGGAGUCCUCCAGCUUGUCUCAUGACACCUCAAUUUAACUCUUAAAUGUCUACAAUAGUACAUCUACAAUCACAACAACAGAUCACAGACUCUUGUGAGAUUACUUGAAAUCUCCUUUUUGUUGCACUGUAAUAAUGUUGUAUAAUACAAUGUUCAGUUAAAAUUGCCAGUGAUAAUUGUUCACAUACUGUUAAAGGGUUAGGUCACCCAGAAAUUACAAUUUUGUCAUAAUUUACUUAUACUCGUGAGUACCCUUUUGACUUUAAGUCUUCUGUUGAACACAAAAGAUAUUAUGCAGCCUCAGUGACGAUUCACUUUCAUUGUAUGGAAAAAAAAAGAUGCAAUGACAGCGAAUGGUGACUGAGGCUAACAUUCUACUAACAUACAGGUCAUACAAGUUUGAACCAACAUGAGGAUGAGUAAAUGAUGACCGAAUGUUUAUUUUUGGGUAAACUAUCCCAUGAACUUCGUCCUCCUAAUCUAGACUGUCCAAUGUGGAUAAACAAUCUGUCUCGUAAUUAUACAUGCAUGACAGUUUUUAUAUAUUUCAAGAACUAUGGACCAAAUAUGAAAUAUCGUAUAGGGCUGUUAAUGCACUUAUGCACAAUCCUUUUAGUAUGAUGGAAACAGCACAGUACGGAUGCAUGUCUGAUUGCUUUUUCUCAGAGGACCUUCUCAGAAGUUAUUUUGUUCAUUUUUAACAUCUGCUGCAUUGCAGAACAUAUAUAUGUUAAACAUCUACAUGUCCAUUUUAGGUACAUCUCCAUUUUAUGUGUUCCGGAUGAUGAAGAAUUCCCAUGCUUUAAAACCAGAGUAUUCUUUAAAAAAUUGUAGGGCAUGAGUAUAGAAAGUGCUUUAAAAAAUUAACUUAUUAUGAUGAGACACUGUGAUGUCAUUUUAAAUGCUUAUGCUAGUAAACUGCUUUAUAGGUUUCAUCAUUACAGUUCUAACAUCAGAAGUCAUGUUGUGCUUUUCUGAUCAGUAAGACAAUUAACAUGGACCAGGAGAAGAUUAUAGGCUACCUGUUUUACUAUUUUCAAGAAAGCACAAAUCAACAUGUAAGCAUACUGUAUGUACAACAUUCAAAAGAAUGUAUUUUUUUUUUUCUAAAAAGGAGUAAGUCAUAUUUGCAAGGGUGUGAUUGUGUGUUCUUUAGUGAGGUUUAAUGAAAAAAAAAAAUGGCAUAGAAAUUUGGUAGAAAGAAGCAUUAUUAUUUUAACAUGAUGCAAUCAUUUUAUAACCCUAGUUUUGCUUAAGUAACUAUUUUUUUAAUUUGUAUUAUUAUUAUAUUUAUUGGCUUUUUCAAAAUUGUUUUUGUAUUUAUUAAUUUUGGCUUGAAUUUCUACUGUUUCUACUUAGUAUACUUAUUAGUUAAUGAAAGCAGCUGUGUAAACCAUGGUUUCACACGAUUGUCACAAAUGUCACUGGGAAAUUCAUUGUCAAGUAAAAGCCUGCUCAUUUUUAAGUGUGCUUUUCUAUUAAUUGGAUUACACUCUUAAUGCUGUAGGUGUAGGAGUGUCUCGUGAUUUCAUACUGUUGUAAAAUACUACAAAUUCUGCAGUGUAGCUUUUGCAAAUUGCAUUUGUCUAUAUAGCAGUGUUGAUUACAUUGUAUCACACUCCAUUAAACAUUUUAAACAA